AUGAUCAUGGCCCCGGCCGUGGAUACUUCGUCCUCUUUCCCUCGUUCUCAUUCCAGCCCGGACCUACUGUCGCUUUCGACCAUCGAGAAGCCUGCCCCGAGCCUGGCCCUCAACAAUCCCCAGCGCCAGAGCGUCACCUCUCUUCCGUCUCUACCGAGCCUGCCAACAUUCGACCUCCCCUCGUUCGAUGUCGACUUCAAGCUCGACACCUCCGUCUUCCUGACGGGCGAAAAAGCCGGCAAGGUUGCGCCCGAGUCGUUCCCCCCGAUCGUUCGAACCGAAGAGGUGCCUGAUGAGACGCCGCACACCAAGCAUGCCCGAAAGAGGACCAGUUCGCUUAUAGAGUCGCGCGGAUGGCUCUCUGGCUCCAAAAAUGCAGCUGACAUGCAGCCUGAGGAGCCUCCUCGCCCUACCACAUCAGCAGGCGACAGGAGUUUUGGCGGUGGAUCCCUGGGCGACCUCAAGCCACUUGAAAGGAGCUCGACAGCGUCAGACUCAUUUGCAGGCUUUGCCAAACGAUCAUGGCGAUCCUCUCGCUCCCCUUCGCCUAUGGACAAGGUCGACUCCCCUAAAAAAGAAAAAUCAUCGGGACGUAGCCGAGCUGAGAGCUCAACCUCGAUUAAGCUGACCAAGACCCGCAAGCGCCCUGGCUUGACGGUUGACCAAGCGGAAAAGAACAGGUCGACUGAUUCACUCAAGGCCGCCCCCAAGGGUCUUUCUCGGGCCAGUGGCUACUUCAGCAAGCUCAAACAGAAGCAGUCCAGCCUGGCAAAGCUCAACACAAACACAGAUUCUGACAAUAGCUGUGCUUCGUCCGCGACAAGCCUUGCACCUCCCACUAGCACGGACGGCCGCACACCGCAAUCAUCCACCUACGACACCACCACCACUGCAGCCACCUCGACCGAUGAAUCCUCCAUCGAGAUGCCGCCCCAGAACCGAGAUGUCCUCUGGUCAUCGUUUAAAACUCUUGAUGUGGACUUUAAGGGGUUCCUCGCCAAGAGCACCGCCCAGCGAAUCGCCCAGAUCCAGUCCCAGCUUAUCCCCUUUCUUCGAAAAACCAUGAACCACGAAUCGACCAAGCGCCUCUUCGCCGAAGAUGUCGACCGACGAGCCACGAUCCUCGACAAGUGGUGGGUUACCAUCCUGGAGAUGCUGGAGGGACAGGCGCCCCAACCCGUUCCCGGCGUUGAUCGCCCUGUUCUCUUUGAUGCGGCCACGCUCCUCAUGAUGCGUCUCGAAUGGCGACAGGCUACCUCUUACUUCCUCCCUCUCGCCGACCGGUCUCCAGCUGAGCGGGUGCGAGCGCGAUCGUUCACGACUUCGUCAAACUCGUCCAUCACCUCCAGUCAGGCCGCCUUCCUCGAGGAGUCCUCCGAGCACAAUGUCAGAACUAUGUUCGUCUCCAACCUGGUCAAGCAGAUGUCGUUCGUUGUCGAGAAGCUAUCGCUACGCCACGCCCCUGUAAGCCUCAUCAAUUUCGCUGGAAAGGCCUGCGCAUACGCCUUUUUCUUCGCACCCGGCAUCGCAGACAUCCUGAUUCGACUCUGGGGUCUCUCCCCUGAACUCAUUCGACGAGUCGCAGAUGAGAUUGGCCUCCCGCGCAAAAACCAGGGAGAGAGCGAGGACAUUGUGGCCUUGUUCCCGCCAAACAUGGGCAUGUUUGGCUGGACUUCACCCAAGGGAGUAUGGGAUAGCCUCAAAAAGGUUCCCAAGCUGCCUAUGCUCGUGUCUCGGAUCCCCUGGACGGGUCCCUGGGUACCACGCUGGAAGGGCCGCGACACGGACGUCUUCUUCAUUUUCUGCAAAUACUUCCACAUUCUUUCUGAGCAGUUUAUGCCUGCGGGCUUGCCCCUGCUCGAGAAGGCGAGGUCUCCUGCGUUUGCUCUGGUCCACGCUCAGCUGCUCUUUGUCUUGGAUACAACAAUUCACCGUCAGACUCCCAUGGAUGUUGGGUACAACGCGAUGGAUUCAAUGCCCGGCGCCGAUGCUUCGAUGACCAUGCCGCUUCCCACAAGCAAUGUCAUGAAGGGCAUGUCUGAGAACCGACUCAUCAUGCUCCUGAAGGAUUUCCUCUCAGACGAGUCUCUUGAGCUUGCGGGUGCUCGACAUACAUUCGCGGAAGCCUUUGCUACGAUAAUGAAGGCAGCGACGCGGAGGACAUCCAAGUUUAAUCACAAUGCGUGCUUCACCCUGUGUGACUUCCUAGAGGAGGUUUUGGUACUCUACAGCGAGUUUGAGGACCCAGAUUGCUCUUCGAGCUACGUCGAUUGGCCUUUCUGGUUCGACGUUUGCAAGAAGAUCAUGAGCUCUUUCAACACCAUGUCAGAAGUUCGAAUGAUGGCCUUUGUCUUUUCCAUCUGGGACGCCAUCUCCAAGGAUCCGAUACGCAAAUUGACCGUCUGUAAGGACUGGCUUCUCACCGAAGAGACCUUUAAUGAGUACUUCAACCACUGGUGCCCCAUGGUCCGGGCCUACUACCAGCGUUUGCUGUGUUGGCGAAUGUGCCGAGACGCAGGAACGCUGGAUGAGGUGGAUGGCCAAAUCUUUGUGCUCGUGGCCGAAAGACUUCAGACGACGUGGUCACAUUAUCUCUACCUCAAGCACACUGCGGAACAAGAACAAAGAAUCCCGCCUUCGACUGCUCCCGUGCUUCCAGCGCCGGGAAAGCGCUUCAUGAUUAUUCGACAGGAGCUUAACCCUCCCCAGAAUGGACUUUACAUGGGAGGGUUUGACUCAUUCUCCAAGCUUCCCAACAAUGACACCGCUGCUACCACCCCCUUGCCAACCGACGUCAGUGCCAAGAACGACAACAAGAAACGAUGGUCGCUGCUGGGCAAGGUCCUGUCUCUAGGGGGUACCGGUGGUAACGCGGGAGCAGGUGCUGGAUGGGAUGACGAAUUCCAGACUGUUCGCCGUGAGACGGCUGAGGCGCGAACUUCUCUGGGCAGCGCGCCGACAAUCAAGACAAACGGCAACAAGAACCGCGUGUCCGAGGACGAUUCUUUGUACUCACAGCCGAUCUACGAGGAGCAAAAGUAUGUCUUCAAGUUCAUCCUCGCAUGGCAGCACCAGCAAGCGCCUCUCCGAGAGCGUUUCCUGACCCGACCCCGACUUCCUGGCCCAGCUCAAAUGCGAAUCAGCGGCCCAUUGGCAGUUGGCAACACUGGAAUCCCGGCCCCGACACGAAAGUACUCGGGCAGUCCGCAGCAGGGGUUGAUCAACAGCGCAAAGAACGCGAGUCCUCUCGCCUCUCCUGUGGAUGAGUCACCAAGGCGGCUGUCCCUCAGCCUCAACAGUUCGUCAAGCUGGAAGACGGAGCUCUCCUUCUCAGAAUUGGGUAAUGGAUCGCCUACCGGGUCGGGUAUCAGGGGAACACCCAGCCCUGCUCCGUCAUCAACCUCGGAGGAGCCCAAGAAGAAUGCGAGCUCAUUCGGCGAUGGCGUCGUAGACCCCGCGAAGCCCACCGGUUUCUACACAAAGAACAUGGUCUAUUCUGGACGAUCCCUCGCCGAGUGGGCUCAGGUCAUCUUUGAAUGCAACAACUUUGUCGAACGCCGUCGUGACGAGGGCAUCGAAGAUCUUUCCGAUGUAGAAAUUCCCCUCCUGUCGGUCGAGGGCUUCCGCAAAAUCGGUGGCUAG